UAGCAAGUUUGCAGCUCCAUUUCUCUACCCCCUUGGCUCUCACUUGGGAUCUUUUACCAGGCCAGACUCAACACUUUGAAAGGAAAAAUUUUGUCAGUAGCGUCUCAGGGUAUUCCAAUUUUGGAUUAUGUUUUACACUGGAUCCUUUUGGUUCAUCGUCUUUAUACUUCCAGCAAUUCAGUUUUGCCACUCUUGGUCAGUGAACAAUUUUCUCAUGACUGGUCCCAAGGCCUACCUUAUUUACUCAGGCAGUGUGGCUGCUGGAGCACAGAGUGGUAUUGAGGAGUGCAAAUACCAGUUUGCCUGGGAUAGGUGGAACUGUCCUGAAAGGACCCUUCAACUCUCCAGUCAUAGCGGGCUUCGAAGUGACUCGAACCUCCAUUCCACAGGAAUCUCUACUGCAGGCAGCAGCCUCUAUGACACUGGACCUACUUCCCCAGUCUGGAGCACUAAUUUCAACCGGAUCCUCUUCUCUAAACUGGAAUCCCAUUUCAACAAGACCUUCUUGUCCCGUCUCCAGAUCCCAUUUCCACAGAGUCACACCAUGCAGUCUGCAACCUCCCUUUCUCCAGGAUUCCUUUCUCCAGCAAAUCGGGAAACAGCUUUUGUCCAUGCAAUCAGCUCCGCUGGGGUCAUGUACACCCUAACAAGGAACUGCAGCCUUGGAGACUUUGACAAUUGUGGCUGUGAUGAUUCCAGGAAUGGACAGCUUGGAGGACAAGGAUGGCUCUGGGGUGGCUGUAGUGACAACGUGGGUUUUGGAGAAACUAUUUCCAAGCAGUUUGUGGAUGCACUGGAAACUGGACAAGACGCCAGGGCUGCCAUGAAUCUACAUAACAAUGAAGCAGGAAGAAAGGCAGUGAAAAGUACCAUGAAAAGAACCUGCAAAUGUCAUGGUGUAUCGGGAAGUUGUACCACGCAGACCUGUUGGCUUCAGCUGCCAGAAUUCAGAGAGGUGGGCAAUUAUUUGAAAGAGAAAUACAGUAAAGCUCUUAAAGUAGAUCUUUUCCAUGGAGCAGGCAACAGUGCUGCCAGCAGAGGAGCCAUUGCUGAAACUUUCAGAUCAAUUUCAAAAAAAGAAUUAGUACAUCUUGAAGAUUCCCCAGACUACUGCCUAGAGAACAAGACUUUGGGACUUCUGGGUACAGAGGGCAGGGAAUGCCUUAAAAGGGGUAAAGCUCUCAGCAAGUGGGAGAAGAGAAGCUGCAGGCGUCUUUGUGGUGACUGUGGGUUAGCGGUCGAGGAACGAAGAGCAGAUAUGGUAUCCAGCUGCAACUGUAAAUUUCAUUGGUGCUGUGCAGUGAAAUGUGAGCAGUGCAGGAAAAGCGUCACCAAGUACUUCUGUGUCAAAAAAGAAAAACGUGAGAGGAGCGGAGGAGGCAUUCCCCGCAAGAAGGAAUCCAAGCUUAAGAAAAAACUCUAGGCUCUUUAUAAGAACUUUUUGUUUUUGAAAUCAUAGUGCACAUAUGUGGACAAAACAGCUUCAUCAAUCCAGCUAGUGAAAGAAAGAAAAUGUGAUUAUCUUAGAGUAGGAGUUUAGAGAAUGCGUUGUAUGACAAUGGGGGUUUCAAUAGCUUGGGUUUAGCUUGUACAUUCAUCUGUAUGAUAAGUAUUUCCAAUGCCAUUUUUUAAUAAUUACUUCCAAACAGGGCUGUUAAAUAUCCUUGCCAGAUAAAUGCAUAUCAGCUAGUAGUUGGUUGGAGGGAAUUUGACCAAACUGGAGAAAACAAUUGUGCCUUUAAAAUAGCAUCAUCCCAAUGUGGCAUAUUACAAAUGAUUUGUAAGGCAAAAGCAUUUAAAGGCAAAGAGUAUUGCAUGUGUUUCCUGAAACUUUUUAAACCUGUACAUUGUAGAUUCACUUGAUAAACUGACCAUAGGGCUCGCUAGAUUCUCUUUGAUCUAUGCCCAGCCAGGGCUUAGUGGCAUAGAUAAGAGAGCCCAUUGGGUACUAAAAGGUUAACAUUCUACUCAGGAUUCUGCUAUAACGUCCAUAAAAUUCUUCUACUUUUACAGCACAAUGGAACCCAGUAGCUAACGACUGCCACAGGCAUACUAUAAGUACAGAACUCCCUUGCUCCUUGUACUCAUAGGCACACUCCAGUCUGAAAGACUUGCAGGUUAUUAGGGGGAUGUCCACAUGCCACCCACAGCCCACCCCUCAUGAAUACACCUCUGCUGAAUGCAGGUAACACUGUAUUGUAUCUUUACCCUUAGGGGCACAUUUACUAAUCCACAAAUCUGAAUCCAAAAAAUUUGGAUUGGAAACGAACAUUUUGCG